AUGCUCGAACCGCUGCUGCCGAAUGCAGGGCUGGAGCCUUGGGAGGUCAGCAAAGAAGAUCAGGUCCUCAUCACACUCCGUUACCUGGCCACCGAUAGUCAUCAAACUGUUAUAACUGACGUUUCGGAUGUCAUUGGAUGCGUCGAUGACUGCCACAUCCGAAUCCAGCGCCAUAUCAACUUCGGCAACCACUACUACUGCCGAAGGGCAUGUUGCGUAGUCAAUAUGACUGCGGUAGUGGAUGCCAGGGCCCGCUUCAUGUACACCAACUGUGGAUUGGCGGGUAGGCACCACGAAAACGGAAUAUCUAGCAGAAUAUGGCAGCAUUCGGAAGCAGCUGCCGAGUUCGACGAAGGUCGUGCUUGCCCAGGAUAUCGUCUCCUGGGGAUGCCGGCUUUGCCAACUCCAGCCUCCGAAGCUCCAGAAAGUAGUGAAGGCCUGCGUCAUUCUCUACAACAUCGGCAUCUACCUAGAAACGCAAAAAGGACAGUCGAUGUUCCCCAUUCCUCGCGGUUGGAUGACCCAUCCCCCGAACAACGACCAUGUCCCCGAAUUCGUCACCGAGAACUUUUGAAUGGACAUCGCUGCGAUGGACAUGAUAAAGAUGCUAUGAAGUUCGUGACGUUCUUCUUAGCAUGUAUGCAUGUUUGUAAUAACUUUGCCCUUCACUGCGUUCUGCAGCACGAGCUGCGGAGGCCGGACGUGGAAUUUGGGCACAUGCAACAUGUUGCCCCGUGCGACAUGUUGCGGCAAUCGGUUGCCAGAUACGUGAUGCCGUAUGUUGUCACAUGCAACAUGUUCUCACAUGCUACGUCGUGCUGUCCAACAUAUUGUCAUCAACAGGUUGUCUCGUACAACAUGCUGCCACAUGCACAUGUUACGUGCAAAAUGUUGGCAGAAACAAUGUAG